ACAAGCCCUGCACAGAGAGAGGUCUGCUGACGGACAGCCUUGGACAGGGGCCGUGGGGACUGCAGCCCAGGGAUGAACUUGCUCCGGGGAGACCCCAGCGCGCCCGACGCCCCGCGCUGAGCCCAGCCCCGCGGCCCGGCAUGCGUCUGUCGGCGCGCAGGGCGCUGGUGCUGGCUGGCUGCGCACUGGCCGUGGUGCUGGCCGUGCGGCUGGGCCAGCAGGCGCUGCAGUGCCAGGGCCGCGGCGGGCCCCGGGCGUCCAUGCGGCCGGAGCAGGAGGAGCUGGUGCUGGCCGGGCUGGACCGCGUGGAGUACCGCUACGGCAAGGCCACCCCGCUCAUCUUCGUGGGCGGCGUGCCCCGCAGCGGGACCACGCUCAUGCGGGCCAUGCUGGACGCGCACCCCGAGGUCCGCUGCGGGGAGGAGACCCGCAUCAUCCCACGCGUGCUGGCCAUGCGGCAGGCCUGGGCGCGCUCGGGCCGCGAGAAGCUGCGGCUGGACGAGGCGGGCGUGACGGAUGAGGUGCUGGACGCGGCCAUGCAGGCCUUCCUGCUGGAGGUGAUCGCGCGGCACGGCGAGCCGGCCCGGGUGCUGUGCAACAAAGACCCCUUCACGCUCAAGUCGGCCGCCUACCUGGGCCGCCUCUUCCCCAACGCCAAGUUCCUGCUCAUGCUGCGGGACGGCCGGGCGGCCGUGCACUCCAUGAUCACGCGCAAGGUGACCAUCGCCGGCUUCGACCUGGGCAGCUACCGCGACUGCCUGAGCAAGUGGAGCCAGGCGGUGGAGGCGAUGUACGCGCAGUGCCUGCAGGUGGGCCGCCGCCGCUGCCUGCCCGUCCGCUACGAGCAGCUGGUGCUGCACCCGCGCGGCUCCCUGCAGCGCAUCCUGGACUUCCUGGGCGUCCCCUGGAGCGACGCCGUGCUGCACCACGAGGACCUGAUCGGCAAGCCCGGCGGCGUGUCCUUGUCCAGGAUCGAGCGGUCCACGGACCAGGUCAUCAAGCCCGUGAACCUGGAAGCACUGUCCAAGUGGACGGGCCACAUCCCAAGCGACGUGGUGAGGGACAUGGCCCAGAUCGCCCCCAUGCUGGCUCGCCUGGGCUACGACCCAUACGCAAAUCCACCCAACUACGGCAACCCCGACCCCAUCGUGGUCAACAACACACACCGGGUCAUGAGAGGGGACUACAAGACCCCGGCCAAUCUGAAAGGGUAUUUCCAGGUGAAUCAGAACAGCACCUCUGCCCACUGAGGACGCUGGAGAUUUCCAGAUCUCUGCCCGGGGCUUGGCUGCUGCCUAGCUGGGAGGAACGCUCGCCGUCGAGUGGAAAUCGGACCCUGAUCCAAGCGCACCACUUGCUCCGCAGCCCAGACGGGGCUGUGUGCGAGGGGCGUCUUCGCAGGUGUUUGCAGGAGCCCGAGCCCAGCCUCGGACACACCGCCGGCCUCUCUCGCCUGCAGACACUGGGGGACUGUGUGAAGGGUGUGGGAGUCGUCUGGCUUUUGAAACUUAGGUAUUUUCUGUCCUGUCCCCCCCCCCACACACACACACACACACACACACGAGCGUCUCAGGGGCGUGUGCUGGGACCCGGGGCCACCUGUGCCUCCUCUCCUGCUGGCCCUGCUGCUCCCAGUGCAGGACUCUGUUCCAGAAUUUAAUAUAUAGAAGGCUCUCUGAUUCCUCCUCAGCGCUUCUCCGCCCCACAGGGAGAGAAACUGUUUGAAUAAAGUCAACAGGAACUCA